UUAAACUGCGUCUCUGGGAUUGCCUUUUCAGGAAUGGAUCGGACUAAACGAAGACAUUCGUAUUAAGUUAUAGUUCACCGGCGGUGUUUAUAUUAAUGUAAGCACGUGGCCAUGGUUAGUCAAUUGCAUGUGCUUCAUUCAUUGAUGUCGUUGGUUUUGUUUACGAAGACAUUGGAUAUAGAAACGUCUAUUAUUCAACAUUUAAGCUGCCAUGAACUUAGCUGAAAAGAAAUCUUUUCAUUGCUUUAUGUGUCAAAUGGAUUUUGUCUCAGACUUCACCUUACAAGUUCACCAGCGUUUCCGUCACAAACCAAAGUCAUUUCAUUGUUAUGUAUGUAAUAAAGAUUUCUUAAACAACAGCUACCUGAAGAUGCACAAAGCUUCACAUACUGUAAUGGAGAAUCCAAAACAGUUCAAUUGUUCAUCCUGUGACAAGACUUUUGUCUCAGAUUUUACGUUAAAACUCCAUCAACUACUACAUUCAAGACAAAGGCCAUUCCACUGUGAUGUGUGCGAUAAAGAUUUUCUGAAUGACUUCUGUUUGGUGAAACACAAAGAAUUACAUGGAAAGAAAACAUUUCAAUGUCCAAAAUGUGAACAGAACUUCUCAAAGCUGCCACUUCUAAGACUGCAUUUGAAACUGCAUUUUAAACGUAAAUUUCUGCUGCAGUCAAGGAUGAAAAGACCUGCCAAUGACUUCAGUAGUUAUUGUAGCAGAGAAUACACUAACCAUGGAUGACCAUCUCUCCUGUUGGAGACAAAAUGUAACAAGUGGUAAUCAUCUCCUAACUUAAAAGGUGUUUUCUAAAUCCUAAAACUUGAUGAAUAUUUGCACAGGAGUAUAUUGAUUCAUCUCAUUUCAAUCUGGCAAUGGUACAGCUCUGUCGAUUACUGUGAAGGUGAUGCAUUUAUCACAAGAUCUAUUGACUUAAGUGAUUGAUCACUCUAUAGUAGAGAUAUUAACAGUAACUAACAUAAGUGAGGUGUAGUAAAUAGUUUAACCUUUUCAAUGCAGCCCAUUGGUUCCAAUGUUUCACUUUAGUCUCUGGCAUCAAACAAAUAUGAAAUAAAAUUUCCUCACAGCUUAUAUUUCCAGAAGAAAACUAAGAUCUGUUCUUUGGCACAAUAAACUACUUGUGUUGGCUAUGAACUCUUGACCCAUGGGUUGAUGGUCUCUGAAGAACUCACAUGUGAUUGAAAACCUCUCUUACCUGUUGGCUGAAUAAUAAAUCCUCUUAAAACUCUCAUGAAGAAUCAUGGUGAAAGCUUCCCGAAAACUCAUUUUUUCCUGUGAUAUUUGUGGGAAACAGUUUUCUCAAAGAUUGUUUCUGAAACAACAUCUUCGAACUCACACAGAAGAAAAUGCAGAACAAGGUUUUGACCAAAUCACUAAUUUUGUUGGCCAAAAAGAUGAUCCAUUUCCAAAUAAAUGUAAGUCUAGCACUGAAAACAAAAGUUCAGAUAACCUUUUAAACACACAAGUAAAUACUUGUGAACGUUGUGAAAAGGAGCUUCCCUGCCAGGCUCUUCUGAGAAAACACCUUGCAUCACACAUGGGAGAUGCUGGUGAUGGGAAGCUUCCAGAUGCUAACCUGUUAAGGCAGCAUGGUCGAAAGCAUCCAUUUGAAAGACCAUAUCGUUGCAGAAUUUGUAACAAGAGCUUCCCUAAGAACACUGCCCUUAAUUGCCACAUUCAAAUUCACACACAUCGUACAAUGUUCAAAUGUAACAUUUGUGAAAAAGAGUUUGUCCGCAAAAAUGGUCUCAAUGUACACAUGCGAACGCACACGGGGGAGAAGCCAUAUGGCUGCAAAGUGUGUGAAAAGAGGUUUUCUGUCAGCAGUUUAUUAAAGCGCCACAUGAGGAUACAUACUGGUGAGACACCUUACCAGUGUGAAUACUGUGAGAAGAGUUUCUCUCGCGACAGCACACUGAAGCUUCAUUGGCGUGUUCACACGAAGGAGACCCCAUACGAAUGCGAGGUUUGCAAGAAGAAGUUUUCUCGCAAAGGGAACUUACGUGUGCAUAUGAGAAGUCACACAGGAGAGCGACCCUAUCAGUGUGAAGUGUGUGAGAAAAGUUUUACUGUCAGUAGUAUACUAAAGCGCCAUUUGCGCACCCACACUGGUGAAAUGCCCUACAGCUGCUAUAUCUGUGGUAAAAGCUUCUCUCGAAACAGUAGUUGUAACAUCCACAUAAAAAUCCACACCCGGGAAUUGUUGUACGAGUGUAAAGUUUGUGGUAAGAAAUUUGCCCUCAACAGUAUUCUUAACCGCCACAUGAAGAGACAUGUGAAGGUGAGGCCAUAUGCAGGUACAGUGGACAAUGACAACACCAUAUCAUUGCUCCUCACAACAAAUAAAUAAAGUCUCUAUUACCUAGAAUAUAUAAUGUUUUUUGUUUGAUUUUGUGAUUAAAUUUUGAACCAGAAUAUCUUUAGAGAGAACCAUUCUGGGCCCUCAACUUAUGACAAAUGCCUGA